AUUUCCUGCCUCUCUGGGUUGGACUGGAUGAGCUGAGCUCCCUGCCGAGGACGGUCAGACCCCAGCAUCCAUCUGUGUCCCGUCCCCAGGCCAGGACCGCUGCCGGCUGCUGUCCAAAAGAGCCCAGUGUCUCUUUCCCACCAUCCAGUCAGCUAGAGACUCAGACUCCUGCCCUGCUGUGAGUCUCGAGCUCACUUCUCCUGACUUCUCAGCCGCCACCUCAGAAGGCUGGAGCAGGGACGUGGUCGCUCCGGCCGCCUGCUCCCUUCGGGUCCCCGUGCGAACUCACGCCGGCCCCGGCGCCCACCCGCAGCCCUGCCUCUGGAUACCGGAUAAGGCCCAGCGUACAGACUCCCAGGUGGACAGCAUGGACCGUGGGAUGCUCCCUCUGGCCAUUGCCCUGCUGCUGGUCAUCUACAGCUUCGUUCCCACAAGUCUUGCAGAAAGAGUCCACUGUGAUCUACAGCCUGUGGACGCCACAAGGGGUGAGGUGACAUUCACCACCAGCCGGGUCUCUGAGGGCUGCAUAGCCCAGGUUGUCAAUGCUGCAUAUGAAGUCCACGUCCUCUUCCUGGACUUUCCCAAGAUGUCAGAGGUGGAGCUGACUCUUCAGGCAUCUAAGCAAAAUGGCACUGGCACCCGAGAAGUGCUCCUGGUCCUUGUUUCCAACAAUAGAGUCAAUGUGAAAUUCCAGGCCCCGGAAAUCCCACUGCAACUGGCCUACAACCCCAACCUGACCACCUUCUCCAAGGAGCCGGAAGUCAGCACCACAGCAUUGUCAUCCGUUAUGUCUAAGAAGCAGAUCCUUGAGUGGGUAGCCAAAAAGAGCGCCAUCACCUCCAUAGCGACUCUGGAUAACCCCAAAAGCAUUGUCCUCCAGCUGGGCCAAGUCCCAAAGGCACUACCCUACUGCUUGCCAGAAGCCAAUCAGGACAUGGGCCUCACACUCAAAUGGCAACCUCAAGCCCCAACCCAAAUCCAAGGCUGCCCCUUGGAAGGUGUGACUGGCCACAAGGAGGCAUAUAUCCUCAGGAUCCUGCCAGGCACUGGAACCAGGCCCCAGACAGUGGACGUAAAUGUGGAACUGAGUUGUGAAUCUGGGGAUCCCGACGCCAUUCUUAUCCUGCAGGGUCCUCCACAUGUGUCCUGGCUCAUCGAUGCCAAUCACAACAUGCAGUUCUUGACCACAGGUGAAUACUCCAUCAAGAUCUUUCCAGAAAAGAAAAUCAAAGGCUUCGAUCUCCCAGAUACACCCCAAGGCCUGAUCGGGGAGGCCCGCAAGCUCAAUGCCAGCACCAUAGCCUCUUUUGUGGAACUCCCUCUGGCCAAUGAGGUCUGGCUGAGGGCCUCCAGCUGUGGUGUCAGGCUGCAGACCUCCCCUGCACCAGUUCUGACCACACCUCCCAAGGUGGAGUGCAACCCUGGGCUACUCCUGUCCCUGAUCCAGCCAAAGUGUGGCAAUGACUUAAUGACUCUGGAACUCAGUAAAAAACUCGUGCAGACAAUGCAGUGCACCAUCACAGGCCUGACUUUCUGGGACCGCAGCUGCCAGGCUGAAGAAAGCGACAGCCACCUUGUCCUACGUAGCACCUACUCCAGCUGUGGCAUAAAAGUGACAGAGUAUGAGAUCAGCAACGAGGUGAUCAUCAGUUUGCUGUCAGGCUCCCCACCGCUUCGGAAAAAGGUGCAGUGCGUCAACAUAGACAGCUUCUCCGUCCAGCUGGGCUUCUACCUCAGCCCGCACUUCCUCCAGGAAUCCAGCACCAUCAAGCUGGGCCAACAAGGCUUCGUGCAGGUGAGGAUAUCCCCAUCCACCUCUGAGGUCACAGUCCAGCUAGACAGCUGCCAUCUGGAUUUGGGACCUGAAAGGGACAUGGUGGAACUCAUCCAGAGCCGAGCAGCCAUGGGCAGCUAUGUAGGCUUGCUGUCUCCAAGCCCUUACGGUGACCCACGCUUUAGUUUCCUCUUCCAUGUCUACAUGGUGCCCACACCCACGGUUGGCACCCUCAGCUGCAAAGUAGCCCUGCAGUCCAACACCUUGUUGAAGGAAGUCUCCAAAACCAUCUCCGUGCGCCUGAACAUCGAAAGCCCUGACCUGUCUUGCAAAGGCCUCGACCUGUCCUCUGUACUGGGUAUCACCUUUGGUGCCUUCCUCAUUGGGGCCCUGCUUACAGCUGCACUCUGGUACAUCUAUUCUCACACACGUGCCCCCAGCAAGCGGGAGCCCGUGGUGGCAGUGGCUGCCCCGGCCUCCUCUGAGAGCAGCAGUACCAACCACAGCAUCGGGAGCACCCAGAGCACCCCCUGCUCCACCAGCAGCAUGGCGUAGUGCCCAGCCUGAAGCCUCGGGACACCCCCCCCCCAAGCCAGUCCUCACCCUGCAGCAGAGACUGAGCAGCCGCAAGCUGGGAACCACUGGCCAUGAACUUGUCCCAGAAACCAAACACCUCUGCUCAGCCGAGGAUGGAGCAUGCCCCCUGCACCUCACAUCAGAGGCUUGUUGCCAGUGAAGACUCCAGCCUGGAACCCCACUUCACAGAACUAUCCAAACCAGGGGCUCUAGGGUAUGACUGCCCAGGACUACAGAGAGACACAGCACUGCCCUGUACAUUGAGUAGAAACUAACAUAGCUGCCUUCAAGCUGGAUCCUGUGCUGGUUAACUGGGCAGGGUGGGAGGCAAGAACUCCAAACAUGCUAGCCCAGGGCAGCCAGAGUCACCUGCAUCUGGCCCUAGUGGCCUCUUCACCUGGACUGGCACAACUUUGGUGGGGAAACAGAAGCUGAGGGUUGCUCAGCUUGAGGAGGGGAACCUCAGAAGAUGGCAAGAACAGUGGGGUGGGGGAGCCCAGUUCCUCCCAGAAAUGCCAGAGACCUCCUCCCAGCCCAUCCAUUGGACGGGGGCAGCAGGAGGGGAGUGGCCAGGCUGCUGGUCCUGGGCCAAGCCCUGUAUAUUCACCAAUAAAUCAGACAUGAAACCAGUGCCCCUUGGGGUCGUCCUGGGAAAGGGGAGGGCCAUUAUGACAGGACAGGGCUGCACAUCCAUUGGGAUGGCCUGGUAGAUGAGCGAGCACAUGCUCAGAAGAAACCGGUCUCCUCUGCUGCUCAUUUGGUGGCCUGACUCUGGGACAGGGGCUGCAGAACCAAACACUUAGCCCUGCCUACAGUUUCUGGAGUUUGGGACACAGCUACCCCUAUAAAGCUCUGGAUUCUAAUCCUGAACAUGUCUCUUCUCCACAAUGGGCCUGUGGACAGCUCCAUGGUUUCUGGAAGCCAGCCACCCUCCCUCGCCCAUAAGAUAGGCAUACAGCUUGAACACACAGUGGGUGGGGGGGGGUUGCAAAGCACUUUCUUGGUGUGUGGCAGACAAACAUUGGGCCAGUCUUUUCCUUUCUUUUGGUUUUCAGACUGGGUUUCUCUGUAGCUUUGGAGCCUAUCCUAGAACUCACUCUGUAGACCAGGCUGGCCUCGAACUCACAGAGAUCCGCCUGCCUCUGCCUCCCAAGUGCUGGGAUUAAAGGUGUGAGGCACCACUGCCCAGACUGGUCCAGUCUUUUUGUGACACAGGCUACCUUAUGCUGAGAAGAGCAUGCUGGAAGAUGCUCCUAGGCCAUACAGCUAGGGCUCUCUUUACCCAUCCAGCUCCUAUACCUACAGAUCCAACCCCAAACCCCCAAAUGUCUGAUGAGGGAGCUAGGAACUAGAGGUUAGGAGUCAAUCAAAAGUUUGUCAUUUAUUUAC